AUGCGCAUUGAGAAGGAAGCCAGGCUAUCGCGACAACGGCCGGUGUCGUGCCAUUUCUGUCGUUCGAGGAAGUUGCGGUGUAGUCGCCAGUUUCCCUGUCCGAACUGCACCAGUCGCGGUCUAAGCUGCCAAUUGUAUGCCUCGUCGCCUUUGCAGAUCAAUAACCCUCGUGGUGGUGGCAAUCAAUCAGAGGUUGGCAAUGAAGAUAUUCUAGCGCGUGUGCGCAGACUUGAAGACAUCGUUAUCGGACAGAGCAAGCCGAGAACCGCUGAGAAAGCCCUUCAGACUGAAUAUCCGCUACAGCCUUCACUUCAUUCCAGAGGCCAGCGCCCCUAUAUACCGAGGCAAGAGCAACCUUCAACAGCCGACGCCAACUGGCUUGAGAAAGCAAUCACUUACCCGACUUCAGCGCGCUUCCUUCUGGGCCAUGAGAUCGAGUUUAAAACUUGCUCCAUUCAACAAGCUAUGAAAUUGAAUAGUGUCAAAUACACUUCUACCACACGAUGUAUUUGGCUUCCGCUCAAAGAAGAGUCAGAAAAAGUGGUCGACAAGUAUCUCUCUGACAUCACAUACUUGCACCAUGUCGUCCAUAGACCUUCAGUCCGCGCACUCGUGAACGAACUUUAUUAUGAACUCCAUCAGAAUAAACCAAUAAAGCUUGGGCAAACCUCCUUGCUCUUGGCAAUACUGGCGAGCACCACGUCUUUUUGGACCGUGCGCGAUAUGGACGGUUCGCCUUUCUCUAGUGUGGAGCAGGCACAUGAACAGUCUAUGUCGUGGGCAGAGGCAGCUUUCGAAGCACUGGAAUAUUCGCGCCGUAUGGGCUGCGAAUCUAUUGAGGACAUUCAAGCCAUGUUAAUUUUGCUGUUCGUGGUCUGCAACCUGGUCGGCAUACAAGCCCACGCUCGCCAUUUGCUAUCUACUGCCAUCUCGGUUGCACGAGAGCUAUGUUUGCACCGGAUCGAUCAUCAGCAUAAUUCGGAAUUCGUGAAUGCUCUUCCUCCUGAUUCGGUUAGGGCGGAAAUAGGGAGAAGAGUAUGGUGGUACCUUGUGUCGACCGAUUGGCAGGUUUCUCAGUUUGCGGGUUCUCAAAAAGGGACUUAUAGUAUCAAUCCACGGCAAAUGAUGACCAACAAACCCCGGAAUGCCAACGAUGAAGACCUGAUCGAUGGGAUGGUUGUUGACCAACCGAUUGAUCAGCCAACAUCUAUGUCCUACUGUCUACACCGAAUACGCCUGGGUGAACUAUGCCGCGAGAUCACUGACAAUGUCCCAUUCGCAGCAUCCAGCACUGGGGGACCAGCUUUCCAACAAGUACAAGAAAUUGAUAUCAAAUUCCGGGCAUUUGCAAACGAACUCCCGGCUUUCUUUUCUCUAGAUAUCGAUCUGAGCCAACUACCCGUGAAUGACUUGCGAAGGUCACCGGAGAUCAUUGCAUUUACCUUUCCUAUCUCAAUUUUCCACCGACCGCACGAAUUCCUACUCAAGGACUGCGUGCCUAGACGCAGCCCGCAUGGUGAUCCGUGCCGAGGCACAAAUGAGACAAGAGAAAUUUCCCUUCGUGCUGACUCGAUUAAAGUUUUCCGGUGUCUUGCACUAAGCACUCGACCCACGGAGGAUCAGGAGCGUCGUGGCGAAAUUUUCGAUGCAUUUGGCAUUCUUGAAGAAGCCAAGGGCGAUUCACCGUUUGCAAAACAUUUGCUUGACUCCUUUAUGACUAUCCUUCGCCGGAAUAAAGUGUCGCUACCAGAAAUGGAGAACACCAUUCCGGGUCCCCUCGGUGUCGAAACUUGCGAGUCAGCCUCUACACCUACCGGUCGCUCCGACAUGCCGAUGGGUUCAAGUUCCGUAGAUCUUAACACAGACACUGUUCUGAUGGAUUCAUCGCUACCUUUGUUUGGUGAAUUUUGGCAAACGUUCGACACGAGCAUUGACGCGAACACAUUCAAUUGGGACAAUUUGUUUUCUGAGCUGGAUUCUUCAUUACUGUCGGCGUGA